AUGACGCUGAUCCAGUGGCCUGGGCUGGCAGUCUCGCAGGACGACCUCAUUGACCCGAUUCUGCAGGAGCGCCCCGCCGGGGAGGCACCGCGAAAUCCCUCUGGGCGCAGGGCGCGGCCCCGGAGUGCUGAUGGCCGCCAGUCAUCCCCAGCAGCCGCACCAGUGGCCCUCAAAACCUCGGCAUCUGCCGCAGGGCUCUCGAUCGCCUACGGCAGCGCCGAUGCGGUGCCCUGGACGGCCCCGGACCGCAGAGGACGCCUGGAGCCCGUCCCGGAGGCGGAUGCCGACAGCCCGCGCCGAGCAGAGGGGCGGCGAACGCCACUUCCUCUGGUCAUGCUGCCAUUGCCAGGGGAGAAGGUGCCCCCCGAGAUGCUGGUGGAGACGGUUCGCUCUUCCGCUUCCUCGCAGGCGCUCAGCGGCGCCAGCGGAGGAGGUGGCAUCGCAGCUCCUGUGCGCAGUGCGAAGCUGCCGCCAGAGCUGUUUGUUUCUCGGCCCGCCGGGUCUGCAGCCAAAGAUGCCGCGCCGGCGCAGGAGACGUCGACCCCAACACCGCGUAGCCGCUGCCGGGAGCUAGAGGAGGAGCUGGAAAGGCUCCGGGCAUCGCACCAGGAGGAGCUCGAGCGCGAGCGCCAACAUUGGCAGAAUCGACUCCGAGAAACGGAGGAGGCGGCGCAAACUCGGCUGAAGGAUCUGGAGACCGAGCGCAACCAGACACUCGCAGAGGCUGCGACCAAGCUGCAGGAUGCGCAGCAAGCGCUCAAGGCUGAGGAACUCCGGGCAACCACGGCCGAGACCCGCCUGCGUGAGGUGCGUUUGGAGAUCUCCGAGCAGUCAGAGGCUGUUCAGCGUGCAGGCACCUGGAAGUUGGAGGCACAGUCCCAUGCCGCCUCGCUGUCAGCAGCCGAAAGGCGCUGCGAGGGGCAUGCCGAGCACGUGGCACGAGUGAGACGGCACGCUGCUGAGGUGGAGAGGCAGCGGAAGGAGCUGGUUCGGAACAGCGGCGUGAAGGCCAGCCAGAUGCUCCGCGAGGAGCUGGAGCGCACACAGGCAGAGCGCCUGGAGUUGGAGAAGCGCUUGAAAAAGGCGCUCCCCCGCAUCGAGCGCCUCACUGCGGAAGACCAUCGGCUUCGCGCAAAGCUAACGCAGGAGUCCGAGGUGGCAGCGGCACAGAUCGCGUGGUAUCAAAUCGGUACUAACAUCGAGCAUCUUUUCUACGCCCUCGAGCUCACGGUGACGAGUGUCCUUGUCACCAACAUCUUCCAGUUCGGCUGGUGGAGGUGCAAGCAGCGGGGAGGCGAGCUGACCCACUGGCAAAGGUGGGAUGCAGCCUACUACCUCGCAGCCGCGAUCCCGAUGAACUUGGGGAUGCCAUUAGCAGUGGUCCUGAUCUACAUCGGUCAGUGGGGCUACCCAGACUCCAAGAUGUGGCACUCCAGCAGCUGGAUGCCCAACACACCCCACGGCAUCACGCUCUACGUCUUCAAGUGGCUGGGCGUGAUCUUCCUGACCAUCGGCGUCUUGAAGGCCACGCAGCUCCACACCAAGAUCAUGAAGAAGUGGAGAAACCUCCGAGGACAAAAUAGGGCCGCUCCGGUCACCGAGACGGCCUAA